GGUAGCUGGUCGUUUCUCAGCCUCCAAAGAAACCGAUUUCCAUUCUUCUGAUAUCCACUCUCUCCACGCUGGACAGCCUUUAAAAGGUCUACCGAUAAUAUACGAUAAACUGACCUGCUACUUUUGGGCCCCGUCACCGAGUUUUUUUCAUUUUCAUCCUUUCCCUCGACGCCCGCCCGAUCCUCUCUCAUUCUCCAUAAGAGGCAGCUCCUCACAUUCGCCUCAUCGCCCCGACUGCAAUCUACAAUAUGUCUGACGCCGAGUCGCCUGUAGGCUCUCCCGUCGAGCCUACCAAUGCUCGCGAAGAAGAGAACCAGACGGAGAAUGUCCCUCAGGAAGAUCCGGCAGAUGGCCUCGACUUGUCUGACAAGGAUUCCGACCUCCUGUCCGAAAUCGACGAGGAUCAGUUCGAGGAUUACGAGGAGAGACCUGUCAAUAUCGACGAGGACAUCGCGAAGACUCUGAAGGCAGCGAAGAGGAAGCGGACCGAUGGGGAGACGGCCAAGAAACCCAAGGAGGGACGCAGGGCCAAGAAGCGUGCUCGUGACGACGACGACCUCGGAUCCACACUUAUCGAGGAUACCGAACGGCGCCCACGCAAGGCACGAUCUGAUGGCGAGAAUCGGCUAUCGACUAAACCGACGUCGCAGAAUCAAGAAAACGAGGAGGAGUUAACCCCCGAGGAAAGGAGGAGGAGGGCCUUGGACCGGGCUAUGGAUGCCGCCAUCAAGAACCCCACCAAGAGGAGGCGGAAGAAGGAUGAAGUCGACCUGGAAGACGAAAUCGACGAGCAGAUUGCGUCCAUCAAAGUGCGCAUGGAGAGGGCUUGCGUUGCGGACAACGACGCCAGAGAAAACGGCCAACCCGCGGUACACAAGUUGAAGCUUCUCCCAGAAGUCACCGCUCUGUUGAAUCGUAACACAGUCCAGGACGCUGUGCUCGAUCCGGAGACCAACUUCCUUCAGUCUGUCAAGUACUUCCUCGAGCCCUUGAACGACGGGAGCCUUCCAGCGUACAGCAUCCAGCGCGACAUCUUCACGGCCUUGACCAAGAUGCAGGUUGAGAAGGAGGUUCUGCUCAGUAGCGGAAUCGGGAAGGUUGUCCUCUUCUACACUCGCAGCAAGAGACCCGAAGUGAGCAUCAAGCGCAUGGCAGAACGCUUGCUUGGCGAAUGGAGCCGGCCCAUCCUGAAGCGGACCGACGACUACAAGAAGCGCCACAUCGAGACGCGAGACUUUGACUAUGUUGCCGCCAAGAUGGCCCAGCGCCAGGAGGCCGUCGCCGGGAGCUCGCAGUUCACGCUGACGCAGCGGCCCGCCGUGGCGCUGUCCCGCCUCGAGGCCGAGCGCGAGCGCAUGCUCGCCCCCGUCAUCACCAGCAAUCGCGCCCGCCCCGCCGGCCUCCCCGCCAGCUACACCGUGGCGCCCCGCAGCACCUUCGACGGCACCCGCGGCCCCGACCACCGGCCCAUCGGCGCCGGCGGCCUGGAGGCCUUCAGGAAGAUGACCCAGAAGGGCAAGGGGAAGCGCUAGGCGGGACGACUCUGGCUGGCUCACGACGCGUGCUUUGUUUGGUUGAAUCCCCGUUUUUGGUCGUCUUGAGAGGAGGGUGGGGUGGGGCAGGUUGGCGUUGGAAAGGGUUUGACGGCUUCUUGAAACAGAUGUGGACCUGAUGAAUGGACAAGCCAUCACAAUAUCAAGAUCUCGCUGAGGGCGGCCUGGUAUUUAUUCAUCUUUCUCCCAAGCACACACCUGUUGGGAAGCCUGCAGGUCCGUCACCCAAGAUUAUUAGCACGACGACCCUCUUGUAUUUCUACCGCGGGUCCUCCUGAUCAUGGAGCCCUGCCUGUCAGUAGCCAGGGUCAAGUCAACGGGACAUCCAUCAUAAAAUUCCUUUCA